AUGGGUAUAAAUGGACAGUCUGCUGUCUGAGUGGAUCAUUUUGUGUUGGACCUUUCGACCUGAAUUGCAGAGAAGUCCGUUUCUUUUUGUCAAGGUUGUUGCUUUCUGAAGGGCGUUCUGUGAGGAGUUUCUGAGUGUUUGGCAGCCUCUGCGGGUGUGUUUUAUAUCAGACAGCUAUGAGUGGUAAAUACAGUGUGGUGUUACAGGGUCCGGCCCCCUGGGGCUUCAGACUGCAGGGGGGGAAAGACUUCAACAUGCCUCUCUCCAUCUCACGGCUGUCGGAUGGAGGAAAGGCAGCUAAAGCAGGAGUGGCCGUGGGAGAUCAGGUCCUGUCCAUCGACGGCAUCAGCACUGACGGCAUGAACCACCUCGAGGCUCAGAACAAGAUCAAAUCCAGCACAGACAAACUCAGCCUCUCCUUACAGAAAGCUUCCAGUCUUCCAAAACCAGAUGUGGCACCAAAGGAUUAUUCCGUGGAAAUCAUCAAACCCGUUUCCAUGACAACCUCCAUUCCAUCUUCCUCUGACAUCACAAACUUCACCCACAUCACUUCAUCCUCCAAUAGGAGUGCUCGCCCGUUUGCAGGGGCAGGGUCAUCACACAUAGCUUCUAUUCCGUCCGCUGUGUCUGCUUUUGCACCCGCCUCCUCAGCUCAAAACCCUAAUCCACAGGCUCCGGCCACUCCUACUGAUGGCUCACCCAAUCAUCUACCUGCGGUGCCCCGCCCUUCAGUGUAUAACACACCCAUCAAUCUCUACUCCAAUGAGAAUGCUUGUGAGGUUGCUAUGGGCCAGAGGCGGGGCCUGCUGGAAAGCCAGGGUGAAAGCUUUCACAUGAAUGGACUUCCUCGUAAACCCAUCACAGAGACAGACAUUGAGUUUUACCAUGUCCCGACUCACGGUGAUGCCAGCAGGAAACGCAUCAUGGAGGACACAGAGGACUGGCGUCCACGGACAGGAACUUCACAAUCCCGCUCGUUCCGUAUCCUGGCCCAAAUCACCGGCACUGAGUCUGAAUUCGAUCUCUCACAGGAGGCUGAAUCAGCGAAGAAGACAACAAAUGAGGAUCUGGAUGAUUCUCAGCCCAGUGCUCAUGUCACCUGUCCUGUAAAGACCAUGAUCAAAGCCCCAGGAACACCUGUCAGAAGCACAGCAGGUCUCAUCACUCCCACUUUUGGUGUCAUGAGUAACAGUACUCCUUUAGGCCCCGCCUUGGACAGGCCCAGGCCCCGCCCACACCCCAAAGACGAAGCCUCAUUGGUCCAGAUGGCAGAACACAUCCCUGCUGGAACACGCACUCCUGUGUGUGCUCACUGCGAUGUUAUCAUCAGGGGGCCGUUCCUGAUGGCCAUGGGGAAGUCGUGGCACCCAGAGGAGUUCACGUGUGCUCACUGCAGUGUGUCUCUGAGCGAGCUGGGUUUUGUGGAGGAGCAGGGCUCUGUUUACUGCCAGCACUGCUAUGAGGAGUUCUUCGCCCCGACCUGCGCACGCUGCCAGCACAAAAUCCUGGGGGAAGUGAUCAAUGCGCUCAAGCAGACCUGGCAUGUGUAUUGUUUCCUGUGUGCAUCCUGCCAGCAACCGAUAAGAAACGAUACUUUUCACCUCGAGGAUGGAGAGCCGUACUGCGAGAGAGAUUACUACAGUCUGUUUGGGACGGGCUGCCGUGGUUGUGAUUUCCCCAUAGAAGCAGGAGAUAAGUUUCUGGAGGCUCUGGGCGGCACCUGGCAUGACACCUGCUUCGUGUGCUCAGUGUGCACCGUCAGUCUGGAGGGUCAGACCUUCUUCUCCAAAAAGGACAAACCGCUUUGCAAGAAACACGCUCACACUCUCAAAAUAUAAAUGCAAAAUGAAAAACAACCGUUGAAGUUUAAGAAAAAUACGUAAAUAACACAUAUUUACAAAGAUAUAAAUGACACAUACUCAAAGGAAAAGCAAUUCUGAUGUGGUUUGAAUGAAGGAUGAUCUGUUAGAAGAAGAAAUAAGAUAUUCUAAAGUAUGUGUGUAACCAAACAGUUGCUGGUCCCCAUUGACUUCCAUAUUAGGGGGAAAAAAACAUGGGAGUCUGUGGGGACCACCAAAUGUUUAGCUGUCAACAUUCUUCAAAAUAUCUAACAGAAGAAAGAAACUGGAUUAGAACUUGUGUUAGUAAAUGAUGACUGGAUUUUAUGUGUUUGGGUGAAGAACUAUCCCUUUAAUUUCCUCACUUCAUUGAAAGCUGUGUAUUAUUUAAUAAAAUAAGGACCAAACAAUUGGAGAAAAGUCUGAAGAAAUGCACUUAGUUUAUCUGACAUAAAACGCUGCAGCGAAGAAGUGCGUAUCAUCUUGCUUCCCUCGACAAAAACCAAUAGGAUUUUUGCAUUGGAUUUGGAUUAUUGUAGAAAUGCCGCUCAGUGACUGACCAUAGUUUAGGAUUCUUACACGUUUAUUCAGAAAGAUGAUCUUCACAAAUAAACACAACUUUUGAAGGCCUAAAGCAGUCACUAGAAGUAUGAAACUAAACAAAGGCUAUAAAUGAAUUAUAAAUGGUCACAUUAUGUUUCUGACAACUCUUUCAGUAUUUAUUUAAAGCUAGAAAGCAUUAUUAUAAACACAAUAAGGCUGUGAAUGCCGACUAGAGACUAGAUGAGUUUUUAUGAUGUCCCUGACAUGCUCUGUAGUCCCAUUUAGCCACUUUUUCUUUAUGUAAGACACAUACAUAAGAAGUUAAAUAAUCAGGAGAGGGGUAUUACUGAUGUAUUUUAUGUUGUAGAAUUAAAUGUGAAAAUAUCUUGAGCUUAUGUGAAACACAGACCUUAUUUCACACACAACAGAAUGAUGGAACUGUAAGUGCAAAAUAGCAAACUCACGUCCUCUCAGCACUCUAUCGCCAAAUAUUACGUUGUCACCCACUUAUAUAGCAAACUUCACAACAUACGAAGAUGCCAUCUGAGAGGUUAGAUACGAAAUAAAUUAGUAGCAUACUGAUUAAGGAAGUGAAAACUCUAAAUGAUCAGCUGUUCUUAAAGGCAUUCUGAAAUCAGAAAUAAAAGGAACACAUAAUAAAUUUACAGCAGAAUAUGGACUUAUUUUAUAGUGCUUUUUAGUAAUUUUCACAGCCUUUUCCAAACCGCAAAUUUCAAGUUUCACAGUAGAAUGAUAUAAUAUGCAUUUGUAAACGUAAAUUGAAGGGAAGUGUAUUUAUUUCAAUGCAAUAUAGUGGCCGACUCUUCAUUUUACUGUAUUGUGUUUGUUUUUAUGCCUGUUUUAUCUAUUUUAUAUAUAUUAGAUUUGCACUUUCAACAGUUUCUGUUUUUGUAAAACUUUAAAAAAUUCUUGCUUGCUUUAUACAAGUUUUAAUAAAAUUAAAUGCUAACAUU